AUGAGCAGCAAGUCAGACCCAAGAAGACCACCAACAGCAACAUUCGAUCUGCGACCUCAGCUAACUCAAACUGAGAAGGAGGCUGCUAACUUGGACUACUAUGCGCUACUAUGUUUCAUGUUUGCCUUCAUUGGUAUCAUUGCAAAGUAUAAGAUAGCAUUAUGGAUAUCAGUUGUUUGCUGUGUCGCCUCGUUGGCUAAUAUGAAGUCUGCAGAGAGUGGAGUUAGAGCUGUUACAUCAACCGUCAGUCUAUGUCUGAUGGGUCUGGCAAUGGCCUACUUUGGACCAAACGCUCCAUACUUUGUGUAA